GUAUCCACAUCAUUCCCUGAUGAGCCAUGUACAUCCAACGGCGAUUCUGUUACUAAGUCUUCUUCCGCUGAUGUCUGUACUCAUCGUACUUCAAAAGAUAAUACUGCUUAUUCUUUGGGAGCAGCAAAAAGAAAGGCUAAAAGUAAAUCUAAAAUAUCAUCUGUAAGUCAAGCUAGCAUUUAUGAUAACGACAAGCAAGCACUCGAAAGACUCGACGAAGGUAAUAAUGAUUUGCCACCUCUGAAGCAGCAAAGUAAUGUCCAAGUAGUACAGACAUUAAGUGGCCGUCGAUCAUCGACAACUUUAUUUCCACUCACGUCUGCGCAAAUUAAUUUAGUACGUAGCAUUUGGCGUCAAGUUUAUAUCACUAAAGGUCCAAUCGUAAUUGGCUCAACUUUAUUGCAUCGAAUUUUCUUCAAAUCAGUCAAAACCAAGCAACAAUUUGUUAAGUGCAUAUUUCCGCAACGCUUUCCUAACCGCGACAGCUUUAACAAAUCACACGCAAAGGCAUUUGGUGAAAUGUUGGAUAAAAUCAUUGAAAAUUUGGAAAACUUAGAAUUAAUGGAUGGAACUUUGCAAGCGAUCGGCGCUCUUCAUGCAGAGAUUGAUGGAAUAGAUAUAUCCAGAAGAAUGUGGAAUUUAAUGGCUGAGGUAUUCAUUGACUGCACUUUGGAGUGGGGUGAUAAAAAGGGUCGUACAGAGACAGCAAGAAAAGCUUGGGCUUUAAUUAUUGCAUUUGUGAUCGAGAAAAUUAAAGCUGGUCAUGCAAAUAAGAGGCGACAAUUAGCUCAACUCAGACGUUGUCCAUUCAGCUCAAAUCAGACGUUGUCUACUAUCUCGAGAAUGUCAUUUGAAACUCUUUCUCAGCCACAUGUUCCGUCAGUUCGAUUGCAAAAGCAACUUUCUGAACUUUCACCUGAAAAUGAUUGA